AUGGAUACGCGUCCAUUAGAACUAGUCAACCGCGGGAACUAUUGCUUCGCGAAUGCGACUCUGCAAGCAAUUUUUCGCAUUCCCACGUUACUGGACGAGCUCGACCGAUGCUGUGACAACGAAGAGAUCAAGGCGACUCAAGAGGAGCGGAAAUUCGCCACAGGUUUCUCGAAUCUUCAACGGGCCUGCCUUCAUUCGAACAAGUUUUGCAACAACGAGCAGGAGUCAUUCUUGGACGUGUGCCGCGAAUAUUUGCCAUAUCUCUUCGCGAAACAGCAGGAGCAGGAGCAGCAAGAUGCGGCGGAGCUGGCACUUUCGCUUCUGAGUCUCCUCAGCGACAUCAUGAACAGAAACCGUUUCGCUGACGGCUCGCUAGGUAUCGACGAGCCGCCGUUCUAUUCCACCACUUCUAUAGCCACAGUGGACGGUGAAACUGCCCAAUAUAUCAGGUCAUGUGCGCAUCGAAAAUGGCAACUCUAUGAAGACCUGCACAGAUCGCCGGUAGAGUCCGUCAUCACAGGUCAGCUGGUUAUUGUCGGCCAGUGCUCCAUAUGCCUCAGAGUCAAGGUGCAGAAUGAGACAUUCAGCAUACUACCGGUACCAUGUGACUCGAAGCAGACCAACAAGUCCGUACUGAGCCUGGAAGACAUGAUCGAUACUCUCCGGACAACCAAUGGCAUGACAGGUGAGGACGACGGCAUUGCUUAUGGCACCGUGUGCAACAUCGUCGGGCAUCGGCAGUGGCGUCGACGAGAAGUGCUCGGUCACUUGAACAAAGCGUUGGUCAUUCAGAUAAUGCGAUUUGCAUUUGAUACUUCAUCCAAAGAUAGCGUCAAGGUGACGACGCCAGUCUCGAUACCAAACAACCUGACCAUAGCUUCAACAGAAGAGUCCGCUCCGCUGAAGUACAGACUGUUUGCUGCAGUUCUGCAUCUGGGAGGGCGCUCAACGAGCAGCGGGCAUUACAUUGCAUAUGCCGUGGACAAUAGGUGCGGUGGUUGGUGGUGCUUUAACGACGAUGCCGCGGUGAACGCCGUCGUCGACAUCGACGCCGAAAUGAAGAAACCGUCCUUUCUUCAGAACGCCUACAUGCUGUUCUAUGAAAGGUUUGUGGUCGGUGUAGAUGGUGCAGUGCAGCGCCUCGAGGAUGUGGCGAAAGUGUUGGACCGCAUCGAUGGCAAGAAGCUCUCUGUAGUAGGCUGGCCAGGUCGUCUCCGCAAGGGCCGAAGUUGCAUCGGCGGUGCUGCCAGAAGAUGA